CCGAACAAUAAAAAACCAAAACAACAAUUCAGUGGACUUUUAUCUGAUCUAGAUGUGCUCGAGUCUUAUCUGGAGUCUUAUCUCGAAGUAAAACAUAAAAUACGGAAAAUAAAUCAUAGAAAAUUCUACAGCUCUUCACAGCGAGCCUUAGAGAGUCUACAAUUGAACUCUGUACGUGAUUUUUAUGCUUGUUCAACCGCCCAUUGUUAUAAAAGCUGGAGAGAAUUGUUGCAGUCGAACGACGAUCAUGGAGUCAUUCUCAACGCCUCGUUAUGAAACGAAAAUCGAGACUUUUGAUACUUUAAGCACUCCAAUAUCUCAACGCCAAGUAACAUCAAAUGUGGUGGAGCCGGCCCUAAUUCAUAUUGAGGAUAAUCAUGGGAAUAAUGAGCAAGGUGAUGGCCACGAGGGAGAUUCCAACAUUCAAGUCACCGAGAUUCAAUCCAAUAUACAGCAUAGCAUGACGCUAACACCUGUCAGAUUACCAGCAAUUCUAGAUGGUGAAUACUUCUCCGUUAUUCGUAUUGACGAUAGUAAUGUCACAGUUAGGUGUCUCCAGUGCCAGAAAUUGUUGAAUGGAAACCUGAAGUCCACGGGGAAUUUCUUAAGCCAUAUCAAAAGAGUACACCCAGUACUGAUCGAUAAAAUCAAGACAAAAUCACACCAGAGGAAACCAGCACUUGCCUAUAUCGAUACGACACCUGGCAAAUUUCCUGAACCCGUGAAAAGCACGAAGGGAUACAGGAAGUGUUACAGAACGGUAGAGCAUAAUUAUUCACAAGAUGACAAUCCAAGUAAUCCCGAAGAGAACUGUGAGCCACCGCCCGUAACCUGGUCAGAGACGUCACCACCUGUUAAAAAGAAAAAAUCAGAUGAGCCGGAGCACCAAGAUGUAGCUAGACCCCACCAAAGCAAUUUUGGAACGGACGAUGAGUUCGAUGCGAUCGGUCGAAAUGUAGCAGCGAAAUUACGCAACAUGCGCCUUGACCAGAGGAUAAUAGCAGAAAAACUUUUGAACGACGUCCUUUUCGAAGCACAAUUGGGUACCCUCCAUCGAGCAGCAUCUUUACACGUUUGAACCCGUGCAAUUAAAAAACAAAUACUCUCCAAGUGAAAACAACAAUUUUAGUACAAUAUUCUCUUUAAUCGUGGUUUAAAACCGAGUCUGUGCAUGAUUAAGACAAAUGUACAAAAUACUGUAAAUAAUAAUGUCAGUGCGAAUAUUUUUCCCUACAAUGAACACAAAAAAAAACAUAAACAACGAUUUUCUUCAUUACAUGAACCGGAAGAAAAGUAAUUGCUGCCUA